UGCGCAGUGAAGACAAAUAAUAGAAACAGAAGCUGACGGCUGUUUUUGUUUGUGUGGUCGGCAGAAGACACUCGCUAAUUCCCGCUUUGUUGAACAACCGCCCAAAACCGGAAUUCUAACAGAACCGACGACCGGACUAGCUACUAUGGGUGCCGGUUCGAGCACCGAGGCAGAGAGGGAGCCGCUCCUCGCCCCUUCGUACGCGGAGCCAAGCAGUCCGCCAGUAAACAGCAGAGUGUACGCGAGAAGAUGGCUGGUUCUGACCCUGUUCUCUCUGCUGGGACUAAUGCAGGGGAUGGUGUGGAACUUCUGGGGUCCUAUCCAGAACUCGGCCGCUCACGCUUACGGCUUCACCAAGUCCGACAUCGCGGUGUUGGUGCUGUGGGGCCCGGUGGGUUACGUCCCCUGGCUGCUGUUUAUGUGGUUAAUGGACAAAAAAGGUUUGCGGGCGUCCCUCCUGCUCUCUGCCUUCUUCAUGCUGCUCGGAUCGGCUCUACGAAGCAUCCCGCUGACAGACGAGCCUCUCAGGCGAUGGUUGAUACACGGAGGUCAGUUUCUAAACGGUUUAGCCGGCCCAACCAUAAUGAGUGCCGGUCCCUUCCUCUCCACCACUUGGUUUGCACCCGAUCAGCGAGCCACUGCGACGGCGGUGGCCUCGCUCUUCUCCUACCUGGGAGGCGCCACUUCCUUCGUAGUGGGACCUCUGGUAGUUCCAGCUCCCAAUGACACCCAAGCAGGAACCACGAUGGCAGCAGCAGUUCUCGACAGCUCCAUCCGAGACCGGAUCCAGCUCGUUAUGUAUGCAGAGUUGGCUGCAAUUGCGGUGCUUUUUUCAGCAAUCCUGCUGUAUUUUCCGUCACGCCCACCGAUGCCUCCCAGUGUGGCCGCUGCAAGCCAGAGACUGAGUUACAGGAGCAGCAUCUGCAGACUUCUCAGCAACCUGCGGUUCCUGAUGAUAGCGGUGGCCUAUGCAGUCCCCACAGGAGUGAUUGCCGGCUGGUCGGGAGUCCUCGACAUGGUGCUUACGCCAGCCAAAGUCAGCCAGGUGGAUGCAGGCUGGAUUGGUUUCUGGUCUACUGUCGGCGGUUGUGUGUUCGGAGUAGCAAUGGCCAGAUUCGCAGACUCUAUCCGCGGGAUGCUGAAGCUGAUUCUGGUGCUGAUGCUGGCAGGAGCUUCACUGGCUUCCACCUGGUUCACACUCACUUGUCUGAGCAGAGUUACCCACCUCCCCGCAACUGCAGCCAUCCUGUACACCUCCUGCAUCCUGGUCGGCAUUUUUAUUAACAGCAGUGUGCCGAUAUUCCUGGAGCUCUUCAUUGAGACUGUGUACCCGGUACCUGAAGGCAUCACCUGCGGAGUCGUCACUUUCCUGGGGAACCUGGUCUGCGGCCUGCUGCUCUUCUUCCUCACAUUUUACUGCACAGACGUGUCAUGGCUGAACUGGUGUCUGACCGGCUCGUGUCUCUUCAGCCUCGUCCUCAUCCUCUUCUUCAGGGAGUCCUACGACCGUCUCUACUUGGACGUCUUUGUCUCCGUGUGACGCCGCUGAGGACAAAAAAAAAAAAACAACUUGAUAAUAAAGGAUUGAAUUAAUUACUCUUGCACAAAGACGAGGAGAAAAGGGAGACGAAGGGCGAGUGGAAAGCCUGUGCUCUUUUAAGAUGUAAUAUUUUAGGAUGCGUGUGUAUAUAUAUAUAUAUAUAUAUAUAUACUGGUAACCCUGGUGAUGGAUAUGUUGUUUGUUGUAUGGCUGCCCUGAAGAACCCUGAAGUUCUACUUUAAUGUUUACUCUUUAUACGUGACCCACUCAAUGCCAUAUGACUUUUUGACACGUCAUUACCUCCAUUUAUUUGUCGUUUGUAUGUCAGCAAACUUUUGCGAACGGUUUGAUUUUCUUAACCAGGCACAGCAUGACGGACUGUUAUUUGUUGUAAUAUUUAAAGUUGUUCUCAGUGUCCAUUGUUUCCCCUCGCGCGAUCAUCUCAAAGCUCACAACCUGGACGUCAGGCUGACUCCAGAUUGGUGAGGCUCCCAACAGAGGAGUAACGGGCAAAAACGGGACAGCCCCGCCAGCCAAUCGGCAAGCCUGGCCGGGCCAAGUCGGGGAAGAACGAGGGACCUCGGCGUGUUUUAGUGCUGCUCCAAACUGCAGGCUGUGACUCACUGGGGAAGCUUAACCGGCCCGACACUGUUAAGCGACCUGUGAUAUUGCCUGUCAUUGAGAGGGAGGCACUUACGGUGUUUUAUCGCCCUCUCAAGAUGAAUAUUAUGCAAAUAUUAUCUACCAGAUUGAUGAUUGGAUGCCAGCCACAGGCACGGACUGGAUACACCUGCGCUUUUUUUUUGUUUUUUUUCUACCAAUGAGCUGUUCAUGUGGAAGAAGAAGCUGAGUCAUUCGAGGAUGUUUAAUUUCACAAGUUGCUCAGCCUAUUUAUGGCUAAUUAUGUCAAUUUCUGAGAGAUUUGCUAUUUAAUCUAACGUUAAUUUGUUUCGUACUGUUUUUAAUCGUUUGUUUUCCUCAGACGUCUGCCAGUGUUUUUCUGGAAAUGUCUCAACACUAACACAGACAACAACCAGUUUCCCCCAAGAAGCAGGAUGUUUGGUGACAAUUUCAACCACAGCUGAGAUGCACUGAGAUGAGGGAGAUCGUUUUAUAAUGCAGACUCGAGGAUUACUUCCAAUUGCCAAGCUGCUCCUCCUCCAAAGCGCCAGCAGGUGUCUUUGAGCCAACUGAGAGUCUACUAACAAAGAAAACCUUAAGGGAAAAAAAAAGAAAGAAAAGGAGACAUUUUCAUGGAUUCUUUGACUGACAAAACUGGAGCUGUGACAAAAGCCGGCUUCAUAACCUUAAAGAAACGCAUCACUGCAAAUGAAAAAGAUCUGUCACAAAGUUUUUCGUUCAUCUUUGUGUCUUUGUCCCACACAGUAGCUAUAUGAAGCGUUUUGAUGUGUUUCCUCUGGAGUUCAAGGAGGCUCUGUAAUGUUUCCUGGUGCUCGUCUUUUUUUCUUCUUUUUUUUACUGUUCUUGUACAAAAAAAAAAGGUGGUCUUUUACCUUUGGACGUGUUGCCUUAAUUGCCCAGUGCAGUGCGUUCAGCCUCCCUCUCCUCCACACUGUGACUAUUUUAUCAGUAGAUUUUUUGUAAAAAGGUCAUGUUCUUCUGUUCUGUGGCACACACUCUGGUCACACUGCGGUGUCCCAGGUUUCGGUUUUAAAUGUUCUUGUUCUGUGGAAAAGAACAAACAUGGUUGUCAGAUAUUUCCAGCACCUUAUUAAAAUGAACAUUUUACAAAUAAAA